AUGACUUCUACGCAGCAGCUCUGCGGCUUUGUUGGCAACGGCGACACAUAUGGUCUUGGGGUUCGACUAGGCGCAUAUCUUCAAUGGAUCGCCUCACUAUUUGCUUCGCAGCUUUCGGCGGACGAGGCCAACUCCAUGCGUGGAGUCAAUACCUGCUUCAACAUUGCUAUGCUAGUUGCUUUAAUGUGGCAGACCUUUUCUCGAGAUCCUCAACUUUACCCUUCAGAAGCAUACAUUCUCCUCUUAUUCUGCGUCAGUGGAAUAUGCUCGACAUUUGUAUUUUCCCAGAACCUUCAACGAAGUACCGAAAAACCUCUGGCCCCCGACCUGCCUGCCAUGUCAUCAUGCUUUUCAUAUCUUCUCGCAACCGAUGCCGGAGGCGUGGUGAGAGUGGCAUUCACGUUUGCUACAUUCGCUUACAUGGCCUGGUUCAGCUUCAAAGGACUAGAUGACAUGGACAAUCCGCCUUGUGCAUCAAGGGUGUUCUUGUUCGCCAUUGUGGAUUUGCACGGAUGGGUACGAACGUUUCUUCAGGUCCUUUCAAUCAGCACCGUCAUUGGGUCUGGACUUGCCUUCUUCGCCAGCUUGCUUCAGGUCGGAUGGAACAGUCCCAUGUCACCACUGUAUCUCUCUCCUUCAAAAGUAUCGGCAUUGCGUUGGCAGUCUUCUUAA